AUGGCUUCCACUCCUCCCGUGCCCUCCAAGGCCGCUCUUAAUGCUCUCCGGGGCGUCCUUUUCACAACAUCAUGCUCGGUUGCUUUGCUCGCCGAGGAGCGCCGCCGUCGACUCAAGAUUGCUCGCUCGGCCCUUGAUAAUGCGCGGAAGCUGCACACCGUCAAAAGCAACAGGGGCGCCGUUGCGCUGAGCGAAAGCUGGGAAGAUAGGCUCGCAGAUCUUGGCGACGAGGUCUUAUCGCUCCCGUCUGCUUCGCGAUCCAAAAAUCCCUAUCGAAGACGACGUCGGGGCAGCUCUUCCAACUCUCUCGUCUUUAAUGGAGAUGCCAGCAUCCACCGACACUCAUUCGAGCACCAUGAGCACACUAGCAGAGCUGCGUCUGGCGACAAGGAGCAAAAGGCUGCCCAAGAGACGCACAUGUCAAAUUUCGGAUUGGAGGCGACCAAGCGCUCGAAAACACAGGAUGGCUCAUUUUAUUUACAUGAACCUUCACAGUUCGACUCCUCAGCUCAGGCCCGCCCAUCUCUAGCCAAUAUAUCAACGCCAGACAAAAAUUCUCAAACCUACGUCGAUCAGAUUACAAAGCUUGAGCAAAUGCUACAGGAUUCAGAGCGGCACCAGUCAAAUCAGGCCUUGGUCUCCGAAUUGCUAGAUUCGGCUGUUGAUCAGCUACAAGCUUCAAUGGCAUCUCGACCGAUAGCCCCCAGGUGGAAUACCCAUUUCAAAUCCCAUGGAUUACGACUGCUUAGAAUUACAAUCGAAUAUGAUUCUACUAAAAUGACAACUAUGCUCGCCACCUUGCUCCCAAUAUUCAAAGAUCCCAUCCAGGUUCUAUCACCUGUAGCUAAAUGGCUGUGGGAGAAGAAGGAUAAGAGAGGGUUGGAACAGCUUCUUGAGUUUCUCUCAGAGCAGAAACAAAAACGAUUCUGGAUGCACGGUAUGACGAUUUAUCGACUGCUUUCUGGUUUGGACGAGGCUAUGGAGAGCUUUAAAGACAUCAAGCAAAUCUAUCGCCUUCUGCAGAGCGCCGGCUUAUACAACGCAAUUGCAGUACCCUCCAAUGUUGAGUAUAAAAUACGCCGACUCAUGGUUUCGAAAGCUCUCAAAGCGGGAGAUGAUGCCUUUGCCCAAGAGGAAAUGAAAUACCUCUUUACAUUGGAUCCAGAUGCGACAAAGGCAGAUGUCAAGCUUCAAAGUAGGCUGAUUGUGCGAGAGGCUGCUCUUGGGCACUGGGAGUCAGUUCGUGACGGCAUAGAGGCGCUCGAGAGUGCUAACAGCACAAAGCCAAACGAUUUGCGAUACACAAUUAGCAAAAUCAUUGACGUCUUUGUGCAAACUUGCUCUUCGGAAGGCCUGGAGACCUUGCUCAGGAGAUUUGUGCGCAACUAUAACAUAACUCUAAAGUCCAGAUGGGUUAACCUUGUCUUGGACCGAUAUGCAAGCCGCCAUGACCUCGAUUCCAUGUUUUCAUGGCUUCAAUUUUGCUCCGAGGCUGGAUUUCAGAUGGAUGAUGUAUUCAUACGCCGCUUCUACUCUGGAUGUCGCAAAUAUUGGAGCUUUUCUGACAAGACCAUUACAAGUUUGCAUCAAAAUCUCCAAGGGCUAGCACCAACUCUUUCGGAUUUUCUGCCAAGUAAAUCCAGCGGGAAAAGAUCAAGUCAUGUGCCACCCGCCUCGCUGGAAUCGCACAACUGGGUAUCUGAGGCGGAUGCUUUCGACUGCAUGGACUGGCUAUCAGCCCAGAACGAGUGGGAGCGCGUUUGUGAGGCGUACAGCCGCUUGCUACUAAGCGGGCUUCAUCCAUCAAUCCGCUGCCUUCGUUUGGCAGUCUUGGGACACCUCAAGAAGCAAAGCGGGAGUGUCGAUGAGGCCGCGUCGCUCAUUGACGAAGCUCGUAGCCGAGGCUACGACGUCACGGAAGCCCUGACUCCGCUGCUGUUGUCGAGGCUUGAACAUGGCGAUGAUGUUGGAGAUGUUAUCAAGCAGGCUCUUCGUCAAGGGACUCGUAUACAUGACAGCGUGUACAACAAGGCUGCGCAAAUACUGUCGGCAAAGGGCGACUUGAAAGGGGCCGCCACCGUAUGCGAGGUAGCGGCAAGGGAGAACGGCAAAGGAGAGCUCUUGUACAGCGAGUACAACUUUUCCAACUUGGUUUUUGCAUACACCGGCUCUGCCAGUUACAACGCUUUGAAGUCUAUUCUUGCCAAGUUUACGUCGGAAGUCCAGUGGUGGCGCGGCAGCCGGGCUUGCAAGGAGAGCAUCAAGCUGGCGAUGAAGACAACGGCGAUGCGGGCUGUGGUACAUCCCAUGGAAAACAACGACCAUCGUGAUGCCCUGUUCAGGCUCGAUGAGGCCCUCAUCCAUGUCAAAAAGUGUCGUUCCACUAGAGACGAUCGGCGUGCGGUGACGGAGGCGUUUAUACGAGUAGCUCGACCUUGUGUAGCCGAGCCGGAGCAAAAGCUCUUGGAUGCACACAGCUCGAAUGCAAUUACAGUGGAAACGCCGUUGCUAGAAGUAGCGGGAGCAAAGUAUUUUCAGAGAUCGGUUCUGGUAAAUCAUCAGGGAAUGGCAGUUGGAGAUGCAUGAUGUAGAGUUGAGCCCAAAUUAUGCCUGUACCAAGAAUUGUAGCAUCAGAUGUAUUAGCUGUAGUUAUUUGAUGGAAGCUUUUUGCAUGAAUAUCACAUUCAAAUAACCUGAGCAA